AGGGAGGCAUUCACACCUGACAACACCCGAAUCCUCUCACCCCUCCGACCCAAACCAGCCCCAGACACCACCAUGUCCGGCUCCUGCUGCGGCUCCACCUGCUCCUCCCUGGGCUGCGGGGGAGGCUGCUGCCAGCCCUGCUGCUGCCGCGACCCCUGCUGCUGCCGCCCCGUGAGCUGCCAGACCACCGUGUGCCGCCCCGUGACCUGCACCUGCCGCUGCACGCGCCCCAUCUGCGAGCCCUGCCGCCGCCCCGUCUGCUGUGACCCCUGCUCCCUGCAGGAGGGCUGCUGCCGCCCCAUCAGCUGCUGCCCCACGUCCUGCACGGCCGUGGUCUGCCGCCCCUGCUGCUGGGCCUCCACCUGCUGCCAGCCCAUCUCUGUGCAGGCGCCCUGCUGCCGCCCCCCCUGCUGCCAGCCUGCCCCCUGCCGCACCACCUGCAGGACCUCCUGCUGCUGAACCACCCAUUGAGAAGUGUUCCCAGGUGUUCAGAAACAUGUGAACACUCUUUCCCAGCCCAAGGGAUCAGAUGAGAUACGUCCCUUGCAAACUACCUGCUCUUCAACAACUAACAACAGUAGCUGUCUAUCCUUUUUUCCACAUAAUUACCCAGUUAAUCCUGGCCCUCUUUGACAAUCUUUAGAAACAUCCCAGCUUUCCUCAUUUGAAUUCCUGGCCUGAAAGAAAAUGAGUGAACAAAGAUCAAAGUUCUUCUUGAAUGAAGCUCUAUUCCACUGACUCAUCAUCACAUCUCUACUAUUUCAAGAUGGGAUAAUUUUCCAGGAUAUCAUUACAUUUGUGCUGGGGUUUCACAUGGUAAAAUAAUAAAAAUUUUAUCUCUGGGAAGCAAA